GAGUAAAGCGAACAGGGGGCACAAGAUAAAGCAUGAAAACAACAUCAUGAACUCUUUCUGAAUCCACGUCGUCACCCACGGAUUCAUUUAAACCAGUAAAUUCUAUAAUUAUCAUCUUGUACCAUGAACGGUUCCGCUGAAUACGGUGAACUUUUUAAAAGACUGGUCCAUAUCUCUGUUGAGGAUCUGUAGGAACGCAUCUGAUCGCCGAGUAUCGAGGGAGUCUCUCACUGUCUCAGGAAACUUUCAGAGGGAGAGCUUGGACUGUACUGAACUCCUCUUCUUUGAUUCGAUCCUGAAAUAAUAUUUUUUUACAAGAAAUCGACCACAGACCAGAGCAACUUUGCCAAGAUGACGGUCGAUAAGAAGUGGGUAAUAUGCAUUGCAUUUACAUCCCUAAUUGUCGUUGCAGCAGUCGUCGUACCAGUGGUAGUGAUGAUGAAGAAGCCAAACCCAGAGACUAGCGGCGUGAAUGAUCCCUACCUCUCAGUUGGACAAGGAGCAGCACUUACAGAAAAUCAGGAACAAGUAAUGGGGGUUCAAGAAAAUGAGAUGGGAGUAGUAGCCGCCCCUAACGGUGCAGCCAUGGCCCCUAGUGAGAUGGUCGUUCAGUUUGGAGGUAUGGUGGAAUGUUUACUGAGAAGGGGGUCGCUUGCUUACAAUGGUUACGGGUGUUACUGCGGAUUGGGAGGGAGCGGCAAGCCCCUUGAUGCGACCGACAGGUGUUGCCAGCAGCAUGAUCGAUGUUACAGCAAACUGAAGAAACAGGGUAUCUGUAAAGGAGACAAGUCGGUCUAUAUCACAUGGUAUAAAUCUAAUAUGAACCAAUGCGACACACCCAACGCUAAGUUAUGGUGUGCCAACCAUCAUCAAUACUCGUUCUUUGAUAGUAUGCUGGCAGGCAGACAACCCCGAUGUGCAGCAGCUCUCUGUCACUGUGACCGUAACGCUGCCCUUUGCUUCGCCCGACAUAGCAACAGUUACAACCUUAACUAUGCAUCUUACAAGGCCAAGAACAGUUGUUAGUUGUGGCCAAUUUGAGAUUGAACAUUCCAUCCAUUUUUAUAUGAUUUGCUGUGCCUUUUUAUUGCUCGUCCAACUUCAUUACGAAUUAUUUUUUGUUAAUUCGAUGCUAUCAUCUGGGUGUUCCCAGAAUAAAAAGAAAAGAUGUAUAUUUGUAUUAUAUAAGAUGGCUCAGAUUGGGAUAGCAGAGAUAUUUCAAGUAAGGGGCAUGAAUCGGAGAUAAGAGCAAUAUUGGAACUCAGACGAGUAAUCAUCUUGCAUAACAUGCAGAAAGAAAGUAGUACGGUACGACAUGGAAGUAUAAGAUUAUCAUACUUCUGGGGAAUUCGGCAGAUAUUGACGUUUUAUGCAGCUCUGAUAUUUUUGAAAGUCAAAUCAUGCAGCCCAAAACACGUUUUUUUUUAAUGCAUGAUAGAAACGUCGACAAUAUAGUUAAUGCUCAUAGAAUUGUCACUUCACAAUUUUUUUCGGUAAUAUAACAUUAUUUCAAGUUUAUGAUGAAUGGUGCUUAGAGAUAUCUAUAAAUCAUAUCACCAGGGAUAAUUAUCAAACCUAAGCAAAAUCCAUAAGAGACGAUAAUUAUCAAAACCAUUGUCUUUCAUCUACAUUCAGCAAUAUUGCCUUACUUUCUACGUGAAAUUUUUAAAUCCACACAUUUUCUCUGACGCUACUAUGAUUUAAAAUAUUAAGGUAUAACCUUGCUGUAAUCACCCCACCAACUAUUUUGACAUUAAGUCACGAUUAUUGGGUUAUUAUAGAAGUCGGUACAUGUAUAGGCCUAUAUCUAACCGUUAGGGCCAAUAAUAUUUGAAUGCUAUUUUCAAAUUACAUUUACAGUAAUAUAGGUGGCCCAGCGGAUUAGUCUCGGGACUUUGAAAAGGAGGGUCAUGGAUUCGAAUCUCAGCCAUGGGGUAAUUUCCUUCAACAAGAAAUUGAUCCGCAAUGUGUUACACUCAACCCAGGUAACACCGGUCGUGUGGUCCAGUGGUCAGAGCAUUGAACUCAUAAUCGCAAGGUUGUGAGUUCGAAUCCCCACUCUGCCAUUGUCUCCAAUUUGACAAAAAGGCCCGAGAGUAAUAUCUAUCGUCCAUAAGGUCAGCCAUUAUGACUGAUUAACCUAGACGUAAAAUGUUUCCUAGGUAAUUGGAUAUAUACCAGCCUAGCGUUUACCAGCAAAAAGCUGUCCUGCAGAGUUCCUAUAUACGGGAGUUACCAUAAAGAGAAACAGAAACCGUAAAUGGGUACCAGGUAGGAAGGAAUUCCUCAAAAAAAGCUGUGAGCACCGGAAUCGGGGUAGCUAUGAGCACCUUGAGAAUACCCUGCAAUAAAUUUGUUUCUAAUAAUUCAUGUAUGAUAUUCUCAAAUAAAAAAUCUGAUAUCUAUCAAUGGAGAAACUAUUACACAAUAUUAUGUUGGGUUAACUGAGGAUAACAAAUGUUUUGUGCCUAUAUGUGCCGCAUUUGCACAUCAUCCACAUUGUUAUUGGUAAAUACUCAUAUUGCUCAGAAUUUAUUUUUGUGCCAAAGUUUACCAAAUAAAUUGAACAACCUUAUUAUCAUAUCAAACG